UGAGAGAGUUGACACAUGGGGCAACCUUAUACAAGACUCUCAGUAACCAUGUUACAGCCUUGAGGAGGCUGCUCAAGAGCGGUUCGCUGUAACAAAAUUUAAGUGCAACCGAGUGUAUAUAUCUGUCCCCAUUGUUUAAAAAAUUUGCUUUCUUAAUUGUACGCGCCAAAUGCUUUCAUGCAAUUAAGUUAUAACUUUCGAGUGACGCUGUCCUUCAAUGACUCUCAUUCGGAGGAUGAUUCUCGGCAAUGCAAACGGCGUCGUAUUCCGACUCAUCACUGUGCCUAAAGGUCUCCGUCUUCGUCCACUCGCCAACCCUAUAUCCAAUCCUGCGUCCGUAUCCUCUCGUUUUGCCUCAACAUCGAAACCCAGAAGUUCCACUCAGACCCGAGACGGCGAAAAUUUCUUCGCAUUGAACAAAAGGAUCUCCCAUUUGAUCCGAACCGGUCACAUAGCCCAAGCCAGGGAAGUGUUUGAUCAAAUGCCUCUACGAAAUGUGGUGACUUGGAAUUCAAUGAUUACUGGGUACGUAAAACGCAGAGAGAUGGCGAAGGCGCGCAAGCUGUUCGACGAAAUGCCUGAGAGAGACGUUGUAACCUGGAAUUUGAUGAUAUCGGGGUAUAUAUCUUGUCGCGGGAGUAGGUACAUUGAGGAGGGGAGGAUUUUGUUUGAUGAAAUGCCAGAAAGGGAUUGCGUUUCUUGGAACACAAUUAUUAGUGGGUAUGCUAAGAACGGGAGAAUGGCGGAGGCGUUAGACCUUUUUAAUAGAAUGCCGGAGCGGAGUGUUGUUUCUUGGAAUGCAAUGAUUACUGGGUUUUUACAGAAUGGUGAAGUUGUGCGCGCAAUUGAGUUCUUCGAGAGAAUGCCAGAACGAGACGGGGCUUCGCUCAGUGCGCUUGUUUCGGGGCUUAUUCAGAAUGGCGAACUGGAUGAAGCUGCGAGGAUAAUCAUCGAGUGUGGGAAUAAGGAUGAUGGAAGAGAAGAUUUGGUGCAUGCUUAUAAUACGUUGAUUGCAGGUUAUGGUCAGAGAGGACGGGUUGAAGAGGCGCGGAAGCUUUUUGAUCAAAUCCCGUUUUCACACAAGAAGGGAAAGGAGGGCAAUGGGAGAUUUGAGAGAAAUGUUGUGUCAUGGAAUUCGAUGAUUAUGUGCUAUGUGAAAACUGGAAAUGUUGUUUCUGCCAGGGAGCUUUUUGACCAAAUGGUAGAACGAGACACCUUUUCGUGGAAUACCAUGAUCAGUGGCUAUGUUCAUGUGUCAGAUAUGAAAGAGGCCUCUAGCCUCUUUAGUAAAAUGCCAAAUCCUGAUGCACUUUCAUGGAAUUCAUUGAUCUUAGGCUAUGCCCAAGUCGGUUCUUUAGAACUGGCUCGUGAUUAUUUUGAGAAGAUGCCCCAAAAGAACCUGGUCACUUGGAACUCCAUGAUCGCAGGGUAUGAGAAAAAUGAGGACUUUGUGGGAGCAGUCAAUCUCUUUUCUUGGAUGCAACUCAAAGGAGAGAAACCUGAUAGACACACUUUGUCUUCAGUUCUCAGUGUGAGUACUGGGUUGGUGGAUCUAAAUCUUGGCAUGCAGAUUCAUCAGCUGGUGGCAAAGACGGUUAUUGCAGAUAUGCCAAUAAACAACUCCCUCAUAACAAUGUAUUCGCGAUGUGGUGCGAUAAGAGAGGCACAGACAAUUUUUGAUGAAAUGAAACUGCAGAAAGAUGUGAUCUCUUGGAAUGCAAUGAUUGGAGGCUAUGCAUCUCAUGGUUUUGCUGCAGAGGCUUUGGAACUUUUUAGUUUGAUGAAGAGGUUAAAGGUACAGCCUACUUAUAUAACAUUUAUCGCAGUGUUGAAUGCAUGUGCUCAUGCAGGAUUAGUUGAAGAAGGCCGGAGUCAAUUUCAAUCCAUGAUUAAUGAAUUUGGCAUUGAGCCAAGUGUUGAACACUAUGCCUCCCUUGUGGACAACAUCGGUCGGAAUGGGCAGCUUGCGGAGGCCAUGGAUUUGAUCAAUAGCAUGCCAUUUGAACCAGACAAGGCUGUAUGGGGAGCAUUAUUAGGUGCUUGUAGAGUGCAUAACAAUGUAGAGUUGGCCUGUGUUGCAGCUGAAGCAUUAAUGAGACUCGAACCUGAAAGCUCAGCUCCAUAUGUACUGUUAUACAAUAUGUAUGCUGAUGUUGGACAAUGGGAUGAUGCAGCAGACGUGAGAUCAAUGAUGGAAAAGAAUAAUGUAAGAAAGCAUGCAGCCUAUAGUCGAGUUGAGUCUUCCAAUUUGUAGGAUUUUCCUGAGCUGAUUGCAUGAAGUCAGUUAUUCAGAAACUCGGACUGGAAAGACAGCUGUGGGCUAACUGGGUAUGAAUCGGGUUAAGCAGACGCAAUGAGCUUCGAUGAAUAGUAUGAACACUUUUUCAGGUGUCAAUCUGAUGGAUAUGAAGCAUACAUGUUGCUACUGUAAUGUUUAACAAGACCUUGCCGUUUCUUCGUAUUUGGCGUACAAGUCAGUAACUGACGAGUUUUGAGAUCGGUGACGGAAACAGGUGAGAAGCGGGUACAUUGUUAAUUUAACCUCUGCCAAGUCCUUACCGCUGAAGUACGGUAAAUAUGUUGUCUAUCUACUCUAGAACCGUGGAUGUUGGCAAACUGUAUUUUCCUUUUACCCUCCUCUGGAUAGGAUCUGCGGUCUCGUGGGAGAGCCAAACUUAAAGGUGUUGUUGAUAUACAGAAAUGCAUCCAGAGAGUUCAAGAAUGCUUUUUGUACUCAUCAAGAGAUGGAAAAGUCUAAUGGGUCUUGGGUUUUGUUACCUUCGAUACUGCUCAGAGUAAUCUGGCCAUACAUUUGAGUUAUAGGAGCAAUUUUAUGAAGUUUUCACUGGCCAGUCAGCUGUGUAUUUGCUAUUGUACUUUAAAAUGGCAUCAGAAAACGAGAUUGAUAAUUACGGGGGCUUACUCAUUUCUGUACAUCUCAAGACGAGAGAAAUUAACUUCAAGAACUGAAGUUAAAAAAAGCCUAAACCCCAAACCCUCUUACAUAGGGCCUAACAUGUAAGGCCUAGGCUCUGUUGAUAGGCCCUUACAUAUAAGGCCCUAUUUAAGAGGGUUUACGGUUUAUGCUUUCUUUUAUGUUACGUGUUCUUGCACAAGCCGAAAAUUGGUAAACUAAAACAGAGGAUGAGAUCCUUUCAGCUAGUGACUUGAUUGGAGGCUCUACAGAUUGUAAUGAUCUGUGAAUCCUUUUGUAGCAUUUUUGUGACUUGAAGAUUUUCAAAAUGUUUGGGAGCAGCCUCUCCAUAAAAGGGGUUAAGGCUAGCCGACAUUCACCUCUCCUAGACCCUGCGUAAAGCGGGAGCCUUGUGCACUGGGUACGACGAAGAAAAUGUAAUGGCUCGUUGAGUCUUUCUAGAUGCCAAUGAGCAAACUUAUAUGGAUGGUCUAUAAAGUUGAAUACUGUGGUAUGCUAGUCAGGAUGAUGAUGAAUAUAUUUCCGAAGAUGAUAUUUUUCAUGAUGAUGAUGAUGAUGAUGACGACAACGACGACAAUGAUGACGAUGACGAAGAUGAUGAUUUAGAUGACCAUGUAGGGAGAAUCGUUUGAAUGUCAUGUUCAUGAUAACCACGCUACAAGUUUUCUUGAAGGUUAUCUUAUAUUUCAUGUUUUCUUAUUCAUUUGUGGUUUUUCUAAUAUUUUCGAUUUACGCAUGAAUUUGGAGAUUAUGUAUUUGUUUUCUGUAUUAAUCUAGCGUUCUUAAGCUC